AUGACUAUUUCAUACACUUUGGACGUUUCGCAGACCAAUUUGCAAAGCUUUUUCAGUCUACUUUUACGAUGGAGAGGAAGUGUUUGGAAGGCAGUCUUCGGUCAAUUGGCAGUAUGGACGGCGGUUUUUCUUUUGAUCAGUUGUAUCUAUCGGUACAUCUUAUCACCAUCACAACAAGAUGUAUUUGAACAACUGGUACGUUAUUUUGAUAACAAGUUAGAUGCGAACAUCCCUCUCACUUUCCUUCUUGGUUUCUUUGUUUCGUUCGUCGUGGCUAGAUGGGGAUCAAUUCUGAAUGGAAUCGGGUGGAUUGAUGACGCAUCUCUACUCUUUGCGACAUACAUCCGUGGAGCAGAUGAAGAGACACGUGUCAUCCGUCGUAAUCUCGUUCGGUAUCUAGUACUCUCACAAGCUUUGGUCCUUCGUGAUAUUUCAAUGCAAGUUAGAAAACGAUUUCCAACAAUGGAUACGUUAGCAGCAUCUGGAUUGAUGACUCAUGAGGAAAUGGAUAUUCUCGAUCACAUCAAAGAUCCUUACAGUAGAUAUUGGACAUCAAUUCAAUGGAGUUUAAAUUUAGUUUAUGAGUGUCAAAAGAAGGGAAAAGUCGAGAGUUAUUAUCUGAUGAAUAAAAUAGUGGACGAAAUUGGAAAGUUCCGGCACGGUCUAGCAUCUCUCCUUAAAUACGACUGGGUGCCAGUGCCAUUAGUGUAUCCACAGGUUAUUUUCUUAGCAGUGCGAAUCUAUUUCAUGAUAUGCCUUAUUGGAAGACAAUUCAUUGUAACUGGAUCUAAUCCAUCCGGGGCGAGUUUCAUUUCUUUUUCUAUUGAUCUCUGGCUUCCGAUCACAACGAUGGUUCAAUUUCUUGUUUAUAUGGGAUGGAUGAAAGUGGCUGAAGCCCUUCUGAAUCCAUUAGGAGAAGAUGAUGAUGAUUUGGAAUGUAACUAUAUAAUCGACAAGAAUCUCAUCACCGGUUUGUCGAUUGUGGACACCAUGUGGAAGCACGAUGAUACGGGUUACUCUAUGGUUGAGGAGCAUAUGGCGAAAACUCCUGCUCAGAAGAAAGAUGAAUUUUGGGGAAUUGAUAAGAUUGCUCCAUUGUAUUCGAUGGAAUCAGCGGAAAGAUCUGUGCAUCCGUUGGUUGGAAGUGCAAGUAAAAUUAAUCUGGUCAAAAAUAAGAAAGAAAUUGUGAUGACACCUCAUAAGAACAAACUGAGCGAGUUGGAUCCUACUGAACAGAAAACGUAUCUUCGUCGUGUGAAUGUCUCCGAUCACAACGCGAAACAUGCGAAACAACGCGGACUGGAAAGAGCCAACUCCCCUGAUAAAUGUUUGAGUAAAAUGAGAUCUAGAUCAAACGGGAAGUUCAGAACAUCUGCGAAUGGAUCACAAAACGGAGUUGAUCUAUGGACAAGAGCUGGAGACAUCGAAAUGAAUGUCGCCAUAUCGAAUCCCAAUCAAGUUCAUCCCCACUCGAUAACAGUCUUCCCUCCUGAUGAACCACAAACGACAUCUAGACAUUGA